CCGCGUCUAUAUAUAUAAACUCCGCCAUGGCUGCCUGCCUCAGAAAAUCACAGAUAAGCCAAGUCCAACAUAGCAGGCAGACUGCUUCCCCUCUCUCCCCCAAUUUCGCAACUUUCUACUUUUCUUCUAGCUUCUUUUGCCCUUCCCGGGGAACUUGGUCUCUGAGUUCCGGCGCCGACGAAGCAAAAGAAAACAGAGCAAUCUGAAUCUUCCCAUAAAGUCGGAAUCUUAUCCUAGGAGAGGGAAAACAGAGCAAAAAGCAAACAGGGUAAUCUGAAAUUCAGAUUCCAGAGAUACCCAGAUUCAAGAUAUGAGCAAAGAAGACCACCGUCUCCCGAUGGAGACGGAGCUCGUCGGAGCUGACAGGGUGCCCAACAGCGGGCCGUUGAGCGGCCCGUUAAGCGGGCCUCUGAACAAGAGAGGCGGCACCGCCGGAGGAAAAAAGAGCGCCAGAUUCAACUUACCGGAGACGAGCUCUGUUUCUUCCUCUGCUUCUUCAGCUCGGGACAGCAACAACGACUACGUCGAGAUCACGCUCGACGUCAGGGACGACUCCGUUGCCGUCCACAGCGUCAAGCCAGCGAACGGCGCCGAGGAGGAUCCGGAGAUGACCCUUCUAGCAAAAGGCCUGGAGAAGCGAACGGCUUCCAAUUUAGGUUCGUCGGUGGUGAGGAAUGCUUCGGCCAGAAUCCGUCAGGUCUCGCAGGAGCUGAGGCGGCUGACCUCGAUCAACAGGCGGCCCGCGGGCAGGCUCGAGAGGACGAAAUCGGCGGCCGCGCACGCUCUCAAGGGGCUCAAGUUCAUCAGCAAGGCCGACGGCAGCUCCGGGUGGCUCGCCGUCGAGAGGAGGUUCGAUGAGAUCACCGCCUCCACCGCCGACGGGAUGCUCCCCCGUGCCCGGUUCGGGGAAUGCAUAGGUAUGAAGGAUUCCAAGGAAUUCGCCCUGGAGCUGUACGAUACUCUGGCGAGGAAGAGGAACAUUCGUGGGGAUUCAAUCAGCAAGUUCGAGUUGAAGGAUUUCUGGGAUCAGAUUUCGGAUCAGAGCUUUGAUUCCAGGCUCCAGACUUUCUUCGACAUGGUUGAUAAAGAUGCAGAUGGCAGAAUUACUGAAGAGGAAGUCAAGGAGAUCAUCACCCUUAGUGCUUCUGCAAACAAGCUCUCGAACAUCCAGAAGCAAGCAGAGGAGUAUGCAGCUCUGAUCAUGGAAGAACUCGACCCAGAGCACCAUGGAUUCAUCAUGAUAGAGAGCCUGGAAAUGCUUCUGCUGCAAGGACCAAACCAGUCAGUGAGAUUAGGAGAAAGCAAGAAUCUGAGCAAGAUGUUGAGCCGGCAGCUUCGGUCGACAUUGGACGAGAACCCAAUCAAGAGAAGGCUGAGAGAAGCAAAAUACUUUCUGCUCGAUAAUUGGCAGAGAGUUUGGGUGCUGGCUCUGUGGAUUGGGGUCAUGGCAGGCCUGUUCGCUUACAAGUACGUGCAGUAUCGCAACAGAGCUGCGUACGAGGUCAUGGGCGUGUGCGUGUGCAUGGCCAAAGGUGCAGCUGAAACGCUGAAACUGAACAUGGCUAUCAUCUUGCUCCCAGUCUGCCGAAACACCAUCACCUGGCUCCGCAACAAGACCAAGCUGGGAGUCGCGGUUCCUUUCGACGACAACCUCAACUUCCACAAGGUGAUAGCAGUGGCAAUCACGAUUGGGGUGGGAAUUCACGCCAUAGCCCAUCUUGCUUGCGACUUCCCGAAGCUUCUGCAAGCGAGCGACGAGAAGUGGGAGCUGAUGGAGCCGUUUUUCGGGGACCAACCGUCGAGCUACUGGCAUUUCGUGAAGUCGGUGGAAGGGAUAACGGGGAUCGUGAUGGUCGUCCUCAUGGCCAUAGCUUUCACACUUGCCACUCCUUGGUUCAGGAGGAACAAGCUCAACUUGCCGCCGUUCCUGAAGAAGCUCACAGGGUUCAAUGCGUUUUGGUACUCCCACCAUCUGUUCGUCAUUGUCUACGGGCUGCUUCUAACCCACGGUCACUUCCUCUACCUCACCAAGGAAUUCUGGAAGAAGACUACCUGGAUGUACGUGGCUGUUCCAGUCGCGCUUUAUGCGAGCGAGAGGCUGACUAGGGCACUGAGAUCCAGCAUUAAGGCUGUCACAAUCAAGAAGGUGGCCAUUUAUCCUGGAAACGUCUUGGCGCUUCACAUGUCGAAGCCGAAUGGGUUCAGAUACAAGAGUGGGCAGUACAUGUUUGUGAAUUGUGCUGCUGUGUCUCCAUUUGAAUGGCAUCCAUUCUCCAUCACUUCAGCUCCUGGAGACGACCACCUGAGCGUCCACAUCAGAACGCUGGGCGAUUGGACGAGGCAGCUCCGAACUGUGUUCCAAGAGGUGUGUCAACCACCUGCAACAGGGAAGAGUGGACUCCUUAGAGCAGAUGAAUUCCAAGGAAACAACAACCCUGACUUCCCGAGGAUCUUGAUCGACGGGCCAUAUGGAGCACCAGCGCAGGACUACAAGCAAUACGAGGUGGUGCUGCUCGUCGGGCUGGGAAUCGGGGCGACCCCAAUGAUCAGCAUCGUGAAGGACAUCGUCAACAACAUGAAGGCCUUGGAAGGGGAAGACAACAAGGACUUGGAGAACGGAAUGAGGACUCCCAGCCCGCCGCCUGCAGCGAUGGGCGGCGGCUCCAACAGCAAGAGGAAAGAGCAGUUCAGGACGAGGAGGGCCUACUUCUACUGGGUGACGAGGGAGCAAGGCUCCUUCGACUGGUUCAAAGGGGUGAUGAACGAGGUUGCGGAGCUCGACCAGAACCAAGUCAUCGAGCUCCACAACUACUGCACCAGCGUGUACGAGGAAGGCGACGCUCGCUCCGCCCUCAUUGCCAUGCUCCAGUCCCUCCACCAUGCUAAGAAUGGGGUCGAUAUCGUGUCGGGGACACGUGUCAAGUCCCACUUCGCCAAGCCCAACUGGCGGAACGUGUUCAAGCAGGUCGCAGUCCACCAUCCUAAUUCCCGAGUUGGUACGUAUGCACUUCCAUGAAUACAGUCAAAUGCGUUAUUCUACAUUGAAGUGUUUUGGUGAUUUAGAAACCUAAAAAAAACAAACUAUUAAGCCUUAGAAAGCGAAUUUGAUUACAUUUUCCACAUGUUUAUUUAUGUGUUAGCCUUGCAUUUCUAACUCAUCCAUUGUGCUUUUUUUAUAAUCUACACAGGGGUGUUUUAUUGUGGGGCACCAGGAUUGACGAAGGAGCUGCGCAACUUGGCUCUGGAUUUCUCCCACAAGACCAGCACUAAGUUUGAUUUCCACAAAGAGAACUUCUAAGAAUAAACAAAAGUAAACACCAGCCGCCCCAUCCACCCAUACGAGACGACAAGAGAAGGGAAGAAAAGAGAGACGUGAGCAACAUUUCUUUGACUUCUAUCAUUGGGGCUUUUUCUCUCCACUUUCCUUUUCCUUCUAUGAUUUUCUUUUUUGAUCUUUCUGAUGUUGAUGAUCAAAGUGUAUUUUAUUCUUUUAUUUAUAUAAACGUAGAUGUUGUAGUUUUAUUCAAUGAUUUAGAAACCUUAUAGUACCGCCCGGUCGGACCGAAAUACCGGAUACUGAACGGUAGGUGGUUUUAGCAAUACGAAAUGGUUGAAUCAUAUGAUUCAAUCACGAUUUUAGUACAAAAUAUCAUACCAUUUUUUUCUGUAUAACUUUCGGUACAAUUUCACACUCAUAGGUGUUACUAUAGAUAGCAUACAGAGAGGGAUAGUGACUUAGUGAGAUGAAUGAUUGAGGAGGGUGGGGAUAGGUGCUGGAAAGUUGAACCACCCUAAGGGUGAUGUGAGCCUGACCUAAAAUGUCCACAAGUGACGUCCUGCUCAUCAGUUUUAUGCUGCUUCCCCUUUUACUAGUCUGGUUUUUCCCACUUUCCUGCUUGAUAUCCCAACUUUUUAUCUAUAGAUGUGACUCAUGUGAGAAGGGCGUGUUACUGGUCCCCUCUGUUGUUGUAAUUAUCUGUAAAAUGAUUAAUCAGUUAACUAUCUAUUGAUCUAAAUCAAAGAUUUUUUGUUUCACUUAUAAGUACUAACCAUGUCAGUG